UUGAUCCCCAAGCCGGUGCAGAAGCCGCACCCGCCCAUCUGGCAGGCUGUGAGCCAGGAGUCCACCGCCGAGAAGGUGGGCCGGCAGGGCCUGGGCUGCCUGGCGCAGACCAGCGUUGGCCUGGCGCGCGCCGAGGCGUUGAUCAAGAUUUACCGCGAUGCCAUCAAAAAUCCCGAGCCGGUCACCGGGAUGGUUUAUCCGCGCGUGGCGGGCAACACCGUAGCGUUGUGCAUGGAAGACCGCGAGAAGGCUUUCGAGCGUGGUGCGGAGAUUAUCGACUGGUAUCGGGUGCAGCAGCGCAUUCGCGAUUCCUACGUUUGGCAGGGUUACGACCCGGCGAACGUGCCGGACGACUACCAGUUCCACUACCAGCGGGCGGUGCAGGCCGAUUCCGCGCGCGCCGACGAGGUGUCAUCCAGGUCGCUGAUCGACGACGGUGGACGCUUUUGCAUCGGCAACCCCGACGAUUGCAUCCAGUACAUCGAGGCCUACGAACAGAUGGGCGUGGACGAAAUCAUGCCGCUGUUCCAGGUGGGCCCAGUGACGCACGAGGAGGUGAUGGAAUCGUUGCGGCUGUUCGGCAAGUACAUCAUCCCUCACUUCCAGGCGAAGGCUCGCAAGGAAGCGGUGGCCGCCGAUAACUAG